GCGGCGCUGACGUCAUCAGCGCGCGCCUUCCGUCGCCUUGGUUACGCAUCCUCUUUCCGCUGUUGACAGAUGUAGAGAUGACAGAUAUGGAAGAAGAGGCGGCGGAGACGGGGGGAGAGCGCGGCCUGAGCCUGGCGGUGUGGACGGUGUGCGCGGUCACCAUCCCCGUGCUCAUUACUCUGUGGUGCAGCGUGCGCCGCUCCCGGCGGAGGGGCCUGGCCAGGGACGGGAAGCAUUGCUGGCAGGACACCGAUCUGUUCGGGAGACCCACCUACUGCUCGGUGUGCGAGCUGCACAUCCUGCGGGGGGCCUACUGCUUGUGCUGCGGCCUGUGCGCGGACGAGCCGUGUGUGUGGAAGGCCAGCAAACGCUUCCAGUGCAAGGAGGUGAUGGGACGGAGCGAAGGGGGGACCGGACAGAACCAUCACUGGGUCCGCGGCAAUGUGCCCCUGUGCAGCCCGUGUAUGGUGUGCGGACAGCAGUGCGGGAGCCAGCCCAAGCUGUGUGACUACAGAUGCAUCUGGUGUCAGCGGACUAUUCAUGAUGACUGCAUGGUGGAAGCUCAUCUAAAAACUGGGAUCUGUGACCUCGGAGAAUUUAAAAAUCUCAUCAUUCCUUCCAGUUAUCUCUGGGCCAUUAAACAGCUCAAGCGGAGCAAAAGUGUGGAUUAUACCAAGGUAAUAUCUUCCAUGGGAAGCAACUGGACCCCUUUAAUUGUUUUGGCCAACACACGCAGUGGAAACAAUAUGGGUGAGGUUCUAGUGAGUGAAUUUAAAGGUCUUCUAAAUCCUUUACAGGUGUUUGACUUGAGCAAAACAUCUCCAUUCAAUGCACUUCAGCUGUGUACUCUCUUACCUGCCAACUCUGCCAAAGUGCUUGUGUGUGGAGGGGACGGCACUGUUGGAUGGGUGCUUGAUGCUGUAGAUGAAAUGAAAAUAAAGGGCCAGGAAAAUUAUAUCCCACAAGUAGCAGUGUUACCCCUUGGAACGGGCAAUGACCUAGCUAAUACGUUAGGAUGGGGUGCAGGCUACGCAGGGGAUGUUCCUGUCGAGCAAAUACUACGAAAUGUUAUGGAAGCCGACAGCAUCAAGCUUGACAGGUGGAAAGUGCAGGUCACUAACAAAGGUUACAGUCUGAGGAAGCCAAAGGUUUUGUCGAUGAAUAAUUACUUCUCAAUAGGCCCUGAUGCCUUAAUGGCAUUGAACUUCCAUGAACAUCGAGAGAAGACGCCUUCGCUGUUUUCAAGCAGGCUUGUUAAUAAAGCAGUAUAUCUAUUUUAUGGAACCAAGGAUUGCUUAGUCCAAGAAUGUAAAGAUCUUGACAAGAAAGUUGAGCUUGAAUUAGAUGGGGAGAAGAUAUCUUUGCCAAAUCUUGAAGGAAUUGUGGUCUUGAACAUUGGUUACUGGGGUGGUGGCUGCCGUCUGUGGGAAGGAAUGGGGGAUGAGCCGUAUCCUUUAUCUAGGCAUGAUGAUGGGUUAUUGGAGGUAGUGGGAGUUUUUGGAUCUUUCCACUGUGCUCAGAUUCAGGUUAAGUUGGCAAAUCCUGUUCGUCUUGGCCAAGCUCACACUGUAAGGCUGAUUUUGAAGAGUUCAAGGAUGCCAAUGCAAGUGGAUGGCGAGCCAUGGGCCCAAGGGCCAUGUACAGUCACUAUUACCCACAAGACACAUGCACCUAUGUUGUACCAUGUAGGAGAACAAACUGACGAAGAUGACGAUGAACCUUCCAGUGACUCAGAUCAAGAUCCUGUGGAUCACGAUGUGGAAAUGUAGGCAGUCACUAUUACAUUGACAAAUGGUGGGUUCACAUACAAUGUCCUUACAAGGCGCAACAUUCCUUUUAUUUAUUCACUUUUAUUUAUUUGUUUUUAUCUGUAAUGUUUUAGUACAAGUCUACUGUAUAUGAGCUUAUAUUAACUCGUUUACCUCUGUCACAACAGAAUGUCGUAUACGUUUGCACUUACCGUUUAACUGUUGUGUUGCCAUAGUCUUAGAAAACUUCUGCCAUGUGAAGGCCAGCGUUCGGUGCCAUUCCAGUCAACAUUUCCGGAGUUACUACUGGUGUAAGGCUGGGGUCACAUCACGUUUUUGCAAUACAGUUCCCGUAUCAGGUUUUUGACGAAAAACUGGUUCCUCAAAACCUGACUAAACUGUAUCAAAACGUGUGUACAAAUUUUAACCCGUAUACGGUUCAAAAAAAUGAUAUCCAGUUGCAUCCGUUUUUUUAAGGAAAAAAACGUAUGUUUUUAACUUUUCAAUCCUUUAUGAAUAAAGUUUCACUUGUUUGAUUGAAAUUCCAAGAAAAAAAAAACUGCAAAGUCAAGAACCGUAUGGAACUGUACGUACAUACGUUAAUGUACGGUUCCCAUUGACUCCCAUUGAAAAAAAAAAAAAAAAUUAUACGGUUUAAUACGGAUUUCACCCGGACCGAAAACCGUGAUAGGCUACGGUUUUGGGUACGGGAAAAAAAAACUGACAAAACCGUACAAGACUCAAAACAGACGCAACCGGAUGCAUCUUUUGGCAUACGGUUUUCAAUGGAGAGUCAAUGCAUACGGUUUUCAAUACAGUUCCGUACGGUUUUCAUAUUGAAUAAGUAUACGGGAAAUGUAUUGCAAAAACGUGGUGUGAAUGCAGCCUUACCCUGAACUGGAAUAGGUAGAUGGUAUUUUACUGUAAUCUGUGUAGCAGGUCACUGGUUUUAUGCGUUAUGGUUGCAGACUGAUUUCGAGUACAGUGGUCCCUCUAGUUACAAUAUGAAUUGGUUCCAGGACCAUUGUAUGUUGAGACCAUUGUAUGUUUAGACCAUAACUCUAUGGAAACCUGGUAAUUGGUUCUGAAGCCCCAAAAUGUCAUCCAAAAAUAGGAAAAAGUGAGGAUCAAAGAAAAAUAAGCCAACGAUAACUAAUUCAGAUAAAGCAAGUCCUUACAUAUAAAGUAAGAAAUAAAUAAAUCACUGUCUAUGUAGAGGACAGGAGCUUCUUCGGGGUCCUGUACAGUACACACAGUGGCCCUGAUUUACUAUUGUAAACCAGACACAUUUUGUCGGGUUUUGCGCCAGAAAUUCUGUAUGCGCCAGAAUUUGCGCCAGAAUUGAGAAAACUCGGCAAACUCUCUCCAUUUUACUUAGAAAACCGAAAAAGAGGCGUGGUCAUCGGGGAAAGGGGCGUGUCCCCAACAUUUUCACAAAAUCCCAACAUAUUUACCACAGAAAAUGUGGUAGAUUUGAGCUGAGGAAAACCAGACAGAUCAGAGCAUGUGUUUAAAAAAAAAAUUGAAAAAAAAUAAAAAAUGUAGGGAAACCUUAGUAAAUAACAUGGAAAAAAAAUUGUAGGGAAUUAAAACCAACAAAGAAACCUACACAAAACUCUUAGUAAAUCAGGGCCAGUGUCUCAAAAAAGUUAAAUGAAUCCGCCCUCUCCUGGUGUCCAAAGGAGCAGCUAAUCCUGGUACAGGUAAAGAGUAGUACAGAACAUGUAAUACCUCCCUGUACUGUAGGGGGCGCAACCAGACACCAGUCAGUGCAUACGCUUCAGUAAUACAGGGGUUUUACCAGUGAUAUGUCCAUUCUGAUUGGUCGGCUCUUCCAGCCAUUGACACGUUUCACAGAUCUGGACUGUCUGUAGUAUUGUAUGUUGAGUCUGGCUUCAAGUUACAAUGGUCCAGAAAAGACCAAAUAUUGUAACCUAAGACCAUUGUAAGUGGAGGGAUCACUGUACGUAAAGAUUAUUUUUUUGUUUUGUUUACCUAUAUAAACAUUUCAAUGUUUUGUUUUCCAUAUUUAUAUUUUUAUCUUAUGUUUACAAACAAGGGUAUAAUUAGUAAGUGUCAUGAGUUUUUGCAAAGCAGUAUACUUUUCAGGACAAUUUCUUCAAAAAUAUAUCUUUUUAUUCAUCAAAGGUAAAAAAAAAAUUAGUAUUAAAGGGGUACUCCGCUGCUCAGCGUUUGGAGUAAACUGUUCCGAAUGCUGUAGCUGGCGUUGGGAGCUCGUGAGGUCAUAGCCCCGCCCCCUCAUGUCACGACCCACCCCCUCAAUGCAAGUCUAUGGGAGGGGGCUGUCACGCCCCCUCCCAUAGACUUGCAUUGAGGGGGCGGGGCUAUGACAUCAAGAGCUCCCGGCUCCAGCGUUCGGAACCAUUUGUUCCAAACGCUGAGCAGCGGGGCACCCCUUUAACUCAAAUGUGUCAAGUGUAAGGUUAAAGGUGUACUCCACCAUUAGACAUAUUAUCCCCUAUCCAAACGGGUCCAGCCGAUCUCCGCUGCAGCACCCUAAUCAUCCGGUGCAUGGUGUAAACUCUGCUCCGUGCCGGAUGACUGGCGACCUCAGCCGUCACGCCCCUUUAAUUCAUGUCUAUGGGAGGAUGCGUGUUGGCUGUGUACUAGCCGUCAUGCCCCCUCCCAUAGACAUGAAUUGAGGUGGUGUGACGUCACGAACACAGAAUGACGCAGCGUUCCUGAUAGGAUAUCAUUUUUUUAGGGCCGAUACAGAUACCGAUAAUCUGGGGAGGUCAGGGCCGAUAGCCGAUAACUUAUACCGAUUUUCCGGUAUAAGUUAUCGGCUAUUUAUCCCCCUGCGACACCACUGCAGAUCAUUGAUUUAAAGCGGGCGCUUUAAAUCAAUGCACUGCAGUGGCUUUUGCGGUGCCAUAGGCCGGCGGCGCCGCCACCACCCGCUUCUCUCCCCCUGCCUGUCCGGGGGUCCUGAGACCUAUAACCGCCACCGCUCCCCCCGCCGUGCCUAGGGGUGCCUCCAGCUGUUGCAAAACUACUACUCCCAGCAUGCCCGGACAGCCGUUGGCUGUCCGGGCAUGCUGGGAGUUGUAGUUUUGCAACGGCUGGAGGGCCUACUGUAGGUAUAGUAUAUUAUACAGAUCCCUGUCCAUCCCAGAACCCUGACUCACCUUCCCAGUUGCUGCAGGGACCUUCCCGGGGAGGGUGGGGCGGGGCC